UCCUGGCCAUCACCAAAACACAUCAAAACAAAUAAAUAGUACCCAUUCAAACCAAAUUUCAGAUUUAAUUCUAUAUCCAAAAAUGCUCUCUUCUCUCAUCCAAAUUUUUCAGGUUUUCCAAGUUACUAGUGCUGUCGUUGUAACAGCAGUCUUGUUCGCUUUGGCGGGCAUAACCCUAGCCGGCUCAGUCGUGGGAUUAAUCGUAGCCACACCUCUUUUCGUAAUAUUCAGUCCGGUUCUCGUACCAGCAACUAUAGCUUCCACUCUCUUAGCCACCAAUCUCUCGGCCGGUGCAUUAUUUGGAGUGACGGCGGCUGCUCUUAUAGUCUGGCUCCUUAAGCAUAGAAUGGGAGUACACCCGAAGAAUAAUCCACCUCCAGCAGGAGCUCCACCCACAGAAGCAGCUAAACCGACAGAUAAACCAGCUGAAGGAGCAACAGAUAAACCAAAAGAUAAUCCGACUGGAGGAGCAGCCGAUAACCCAGGAGGUAAAUCGGAUGGAGGAGAAACAGAUAAGCCAGAAAGUAAACCAGCUGGAGGACCAGUAAAUAAACCAAAAGAUAAACCCGCUGGAGGACCGACGGAUAAGCCAGGAAGUAAGCCAGCAGAUAAACCCGCUGGAGGACCAACAGAUAAGCCAGAAAAUAAACCGGCUGAAGAGGCAUCAAAUAAACCAAAAGAUAAACCCGCUGGUGAACCAACAGAUAAGCCAGAAAGUAAACCAUCUAGAGAGGCAUCAAAUAAACGAAAAGAUAAACCCGCUGGAGGACCAACAGAUAAGCGAGAAAGUAAACCGGCUGGAGAGGCAUCAAAUAAACCAAAAGAUAAACCUGCUGGUGGACCAACAACUAAGCCAGAAAGUAAACCAGCUGGAGAGGUAUCAAAUAAACCAAAAGAUAAACCCGUUGGUGGACCAACAGAUAAGCCAGGAAAUAAACCAGCUGGAGGACCAGCAGAUAAACCAAAAGAUAACCCUGCUGGAGGACCAACAGAUAAACCAGCAGAUAAACCGACCGGAGGGACUGAAAAUAAACCGGCUGAAGAGGCAGCAAACAAACCGAUUGGAAAACCAAAAAAUAAACCGGCCGGAGAGAAUAAACCACCGGCAUGGUAUAGCUGAAUGGAGUAGUUUGAAAUUAAAGUAUUGGGUUCCAUAAAUUAUUCCUAAUUUAUCCUACACUACAUGUUUCAUAAUCAUUUCUAUGAAUGUACGACUUGUUACAAAGAAAUGAUAAACAGUGUACAUAAUUUUCUUUGUAAAUUUAUUAAAUUGAUGUGGAUAUCAUUAUAACUGACGUUAAAGUAUAUCGACCAAUGCGAUAACCAAAUCAUCGGUAUAUACCUAAGACUUCCUUUUUAAAAAUGAAUCUGAUACUAAUUUAAUGUACGACUUCCAAUAACCAAUCUUCUUGCAUUUUUCAUUGCCAUUUAUCUUGAACGCCUCUCUUUCUAGUAUGAGACAUUAACAUUGCGCUCUUGUCACAAUGAAACCAUGGAAAAAUUCGGCUCUUUAACCACGAAUGUGGCAACACAGCUGGUUUAAGCGCAAGCGUUGGUGCUGUUACACAGUAACGGACCCACGUUAAGAGAUGGGGUGUCACAUGACACCCCUUAAAUCUGAAUAAAUAUGUGUUUUGUAUGAAUGAACAAUGGAAUUCAUCUAGCUCUGCUGGUAAAAUACUCUUAGUGACACCUCUAAACCCAGGUUCAAACCCCACUAUUCGCCACUGAUGUUGCAUUCCUGAAUUUGAUCCACCGUGAAAGGGAUGCUGUACGCCAUAAAUGGUAUUAGCACCGGUCGGAUUUCGGGUCUGGAGAGAUUAUUUAGGCGGAAGGUCCAAACGUUUCCUGGUUAGAGAUGGCAAUUCAGGGGCAUGCCCGCAGGCCUGGCCCGGAAAUGCCCAUUGCGGGGCGGGAUUGGGUAAAGAUAUUGUGGCCCGUUUAGUUGCGAGUCUCGCGGGACAGGACCGCGAUGGUACUGGGCCGAAGCGGGACGGGCCCAAAGCGGGAUGCGGGAAAACAUUGAGGCCCGCUACACUUUUCUCGUUUGUCUCUUUGGUGAUUAGCCGAGAUAACAGAGAUAAACGGUGAACAGGUGAUGACGAUAGCGAUUCUUGCUCUCUUUGUUUCUUCUUCUUCGAUCGAGUGAUCGACAACGACAGAGCAUCUUCUUCUUCUCCUCUAUACAGUAGAUCGACUUGCAUGUCCUGAGGUAUGUAGCUCGUGCCUCUCUGUUUACACGAUUUUAGAUUUCUGUUCGUCCUUUCAAAGGUAAGUAAUCUUCUUCAUAGGUAUUUAGCUCGUCCCUUCAUAAUGAAGGUAAGUAAUCUUCUUCCUUGUUCUGUCUCUCUCCCUGCGAAUGUGUUCUGUGAAUCUUCUUAGUUGGAUUAUGUCUCUCUGCGAAAGUAUUUUUUCCUAACAGUGUAAUGAUAUAUAUAUAUAUAUAUUGUGUUGUUCUGUUUUGUUUAUGUAUUAGAUGGCUUGGUUGUAUAAGCGUUGUUCUCUUUUUGUUCUGCUUACUCUCGGUUGCUAGUUAUUAAUUAAAAAAUUCAACACAACUUUACUCUUGGUUGUUUCUGUAUUGUUCUGUUUUUGUUUCGGUAUUGAUAUAUAUUGUGUCGUUCUUCUUUUGUUUCUGUAUUAGAUGGCUUUGUUGUUUCUUAAGUAUUGUUCUGUUUUGAUUCUUGUUGAUAACACGGUUCAAGCACUCUUGUUAUCUUGUUUGAUAACAGACUGCUCUUCUUUUUUAUUAAAUAUCGCUUACACUUGUUUUAUUUUUCAUGCAUGAUCAUGAAUUCAUGAGUCGAUACUUGUUUGAUGGAGUGAUGUUGUAGAAGCAGAGGGAGACUGACAUUAUUCCCUUCUGCCUUCUGGUUGCUUCAGGACUUGAGGUAAGACUUUGUUCCAACGUUUAAUAGGUAGUAAUGUGGUUUGAAUUCCCUUUAGUAACCAAUGCUUGAUUGCUUGUAACAAACGUGUAAUGCUUGUAGCUUGAUGAUUUUCACCAACUUGAUAAUAUAUCACUAAUGCUUAACUCUUCUUCUUACAGGUGACACUAUCUAUUUUGAUUAAUAUAUGCUGAAUUAUAAGUCCUUAUAACAAACGUAACCUAUGUUUAUAACUUGAUGGUUCUGAAAAACUUGAUAAUGUAAAAAAUUGACUGUUGGGGAUAGAUUUACGUUUUCCCGGUCUUAACUCUCGUCCCUCUUUCUUGCAGGUUACAUGUCCCAAGCCUUGAUGAAGAUUGCUGGCCCGCGGGCCGACCCGCAUACCCGCUGCUAUAGGGCUGGUCGGGAUUGGUCAUAGGUUUUAGAGACCGCAGCCCGCCGCGGUACGACCCGCAGAGACUCGAAUGAAACUGAAACCCGCGACGGGGCGGGUCAUUUGGUUGCGGGAGAGCCCAAAUGCCACCACUAUUCCUGGUUAUCAAAAAAAGAAAAAAAAAACUUCGGCUCUUGCCACCGAAACUGAAGCGUAUUUAUGGGCCGCAAUUUUACGCUUGCGUUUGAACCUUAUAACUUAUAAGAGAGAUGUUUAUUUCGGAUUGCAACGACUUGGUGACCAAACCUCUUUGGAGAUUUUCAGGAUCUUUUAAAAGCGCCAUUAGGGAAAGUAUUUUAUAUAGCCUUUCAUAAUUAAGAGAAAAAGAUAGAGAGAGAUAAUGAGAAGGAAAGAGAAAAAAUGAAAAGCGUAUUUCAUAUGAGAGAUUGUCAACAAAAGUUGAGCGACUUUUAUGAUAUUUGUUCAAAGAAUAGUCUAAUAACCUUUCUUCUUUAAAUUUUAAUUAUGUUAUAUAUCAAUAAUACUAAAAUAAUGGUUAGAGAAUAGAGACUCUUGGGAGAAACUCCUCCACUAAUGACGACGUUCUAAAGAAUCAUUGUCUAAGAGUGUGAAAUAUUUCAUGAGGAAUUUGAUAUAUUCAUCUAAUUCUAUUCGGUUGUUAGUAGUAGCAGAGAACCCGAGAAAAUCCGUUGCUAUGCACAAUUCUUUUAUGAGCAUGUUUAUUGCAGUUCUCUUAGGUUGGAGUUCUUAGCGUUAUAUAAGAUACGGUCUCUUAGCCUUUAACUAAAAAAACUAAGAAACGUCUCUUAUAUAUCUUAUUUAAGAAAAGUCUCUUAACUUUUUUAGUUAAAAAAUAAGAAAAUGUAUCUUAUAUUAUUCUAAAAAUCCAAACCUAAGAAACUUGCAAUAAACAUGCUCUAAUCACUCUAAAAAUCCGCUUUACAACCC